AUGGAAGCGCAAGUCAAAUUCAAAAUUAAUCCCUCGAAUGAGUUCCCCGUGGUGAUGACGAUAGCGGGCUCGGACGCGAGUGGGGGUGCAGGAAUUCAAGCUGAUCUCAAAACUUUCACCUCACUGAGAUGCUACGGAACAAGUGUCAUCACGGCACUGACCGCCCAAAACACGAUGGGAGUGCAGAACGUGCACCUAAUCCCGCCGUCUUUCGUCGAGGAACAGUUUACUUCAGUCACUUCCGAUAUCCGCGUGCAAGCUAUCAAGACAGGGAUGCUGACUGACGCAGGAGUCACCGCUGCGGUCGCGGGCGCCCUGCGCACAGCGUACGCGAGCUCUGCUGUGCCAUCACUCGUAUGUGAUCCGGUGACAGUGUCGACUUCUGGGCAUGUACUUCUACAGCCAGAUGCCGUCGAUGUGAUGAUGCGCGAGCUCUUCCCCCUCGCGCACGUCAUCACCCCAAAUAAACCAGAGGCGGAGCUCCUCUUAUCGCGUAUGAGCGGACACUCACGCACGAUCGAGUCGCUCGAAGAUAUGAUCGUGGCCGCCGAAGAGCUCUUGUCGCUGGGGCCUCAUGCAGUUCUGGUCAAGGGCGGGCACCUCUCCGCGACCCCGGCCGACAUUCUGCUCGUGAUGCAAGGCGAGAGAGACCCUGCGGACCUCCACCUUGUCGUCGAUGUCCUUCAAGAAGCUGGUGGGGCUAGGACGCUCUUUCUGCGACCGAAAUUGGAUUCAACAAGCACCCAUGGCACGGGGUGCACACUGAGUGCUGCGUUGGCAUGUUUUCUGGCCCGAGGAUUCUCUACAAGGGAGUCGGUAAAACAGGCCAGCAUAUACACUCACCAAGGAAUCGCAGCUGCCUUCCUUGUAGGUCACGGCCAUGGCCCUCUCAACCACAUGCACCCAAUUCUGCAUAGAUGCAUACCAACAAUGCUGAUCGAGACAAAUGCCUCUGUCUGGAAGCAAUAUGUUGAACAUGACUUUGUCAAACAACUCGGAAGCGGAACUUUACCUAAGGAGUGUUUUGUUCAUUUCAUCAAACAAGACUAUCUAUACCUAAAAUAUUAUUCUCGGGCUUAUGCCUUGCUCGCAGCCAAGUCUCCUGAUUAUGUUGCCAUUAGAGCGUCAGCAGAGAUCAUGUUGCACGUAGUCCGCGAGAGCACCAUGCACAGAUCGUACUGCGAGAAGUGGGGCGUGACUCCAGAACAGCUAGAUUCUACUGCUGAAUCAGCUGCGUGUACGGCGUAUGGCGCAUACAUCAUGGAUAUGGGGCUGCAGGGCGAUAGUUCACAUUUGACCAUGGCGCUCGCGGCGUGCUUACUUGGUUACGGGGAAGUCGGUCUAUGGCUUCAACGCGAAGCCUUGAAACCUAACACCUGGGUCAAGUUGGAAGGAAACCCGUACCGGAAGUGGAUAGACGACUACUCGGGAGAGGAAUAUCAGGACGCUGUCAAGAAGGGUGUAGAGAGGAUUGAAGCGCUGGCAGCAGCUGACCCACCGUCGCCGAAGAGGUUCGAAGAAUGGCGGCUCGUAUGGGAGAAGUGCACACAGCUAGAGAAGCAGUUUUGGGACAUGGGCCUGAAUCUAUCGUGAACAGCAUGAAACGGAAACCAAGAAUAAGCAAUGUACGAGUGGAUCAAGCACGUACCGCUCUCCACAACAAGUGUUGUCAUGGAUCGAUGUCUUCCUCAGAAGCGUAUCUUUGAAUGAAGAACUGGUGUUUGUAGAGUAGUGUGUGUUAUUGGUAUGUAGUAAAUGAAGUAUAUAUCUAAGAUUCU